AUGGUCAUGAAGGAGAUAGAAGAGUACACACCCGACUGCGGGCUUGACUACCUUCAGAAAGCCCUCAUCAAAAAGUGCGAUGCAGACGACGGCAUCGAGGACGGCAUCAUGUUGGACCCUCCUAAAGGCCAGUUUGAACCGUUUUCUGUCGUCGGGACAAGGUUCUCCUGCAGCGACACUGGAACAGAUAUAAAGGUCAGCAGCGGAGCGGCAACGAUUUUCGAAGCGUACUAUGAGGUUCCAGGCCUCGGCCACUGCUACGGCGGCAACGGCGGCCAGCGAACGGGGAUAUUCGAGGCGCUGCGUGCCUGGGUGGAAACAGACAAAGUCCCAGAGAGCUUGGUUAUUGAUGUGCCACGACAAACAGCGACAGAGAAGCGUGUAAUAUGCCCGUACCCGCCCUAA